CACAAGUUGAACCGCUAGCAGGCAGCCGCGACAGAUUUAGAGAAAAAAAGAAUCAAGAUGCGUGAGAAAGCCCGAUUCAUUUACUUUUUAACAUGUUCUACAUUAGUGCACACUCGUGCGAGGCGUUCACAAUAACAGUUGUGUACAAACUGGACGUUCAGAUGAGCGCUCUUCUACUAUAAGCAUCAUAAAGAUCCUGAAAGAGGAUAGAAGAUGGCCUGCGCAUGGAGCGAUGAGUAAGACUGAGGUUUUUCUCUCAUGAGGCUUGUGCACGGAAGAGCACACCUGUUACAAGCAUGGGAAAACUACAGAGCAAGUUCCGUCGGCGCUCUGACCUGUACAGGGCCAAAGAGGGGUCGGAAGCUACGCCUGUACCCCAGGUAGUACAGUAUGAGCCUGCCCACACUGACUCUAUAAACUGUGUCAUCAGCCUGACCUCUGACCUCUGUGUGUCAGGGGGCAAAGACAUGGAUGUUGUUGUGUAUGACUGGAGAGCUGGGAAACUGUGUAGAUCCUUUCAAGGCCACAGCAGAGAAGUUACGAAGUUAUGUGGAUUUAGAGGUAAAACAUGGAUCUUCAGCGCAUCUCGUGAUAAAACGGUUCUGAUGUGGGAUUUGGGUCGAGAGCAAGAAGCCAUCCAGGAGUUCUCUGGCCAUGAGCUGGUAGUUAAUGGAAUAGCAGUCAGCCCAGAUGGCUCACAGCUGUGCACGGGAUCUCGAGAUAACUCCCUGUGCCUCUGGGACAUCGAGUCAGGGAAAUGUCUCCAGAGAAACACCAUCUCACGUAACCUGGUGACUCAUUUAUGCUGGGUGCCAGACAGCACAUCUAUAGUCCAAACCUCAGAAGACAAAACUACCAGGGUGUGGGACAGUCGGACAUGGCAGGUCACUAACACGUUUCCAGCGAAGCAGUAUAUACAGACGCACUGUGACAUCAGUCCUAACUGUUACCACCUGCUGUCCACCAGCAACGGUUUCGGCGGGCAGGGUUGCGAAGCCACUCUUUGGGACCUCAGGCAGCCAGGCUGUAAGGUGACUGAAUACAGAGGACACCUGCAGACCACAGCUUGUUGUGUGUUUUUGCCCCCACGCCCCGGAUGUCCUGCCCUUGUGGCGUCAUCGUCAUACGACAGCUCGGUGAAAAUAUGGGAUCAGAACACUGCAGAAUGUUUAUACACAUUAACGUUGGACGGUUCGGGCCCUUUGGUGUCUCUGGCUCCGUGUGAUUCCAGUAGUCUUCUGUGUGCCAGCUUUAACACUGGACUUCACCAGCUUCAUCUGGAUCAUGGAGCGAUGCCCAACCUCACUGAAGUGGCUCGCUUUUAAUUCAUAUCUGCAGAAACAAGUUAAAAAGAACAGUUUAUGUAACUCCAGAGAUCAUUUUUAACUCGGGACUGUGCUACAGACAUGAAUAAUACGGUAGUACAAACCAACGAGGACUAGAGUCACAUUACUUUUUAAUAUUGUCGGACAUCGCAUAGAUUUGUAUUACAGCAGGGACCGAGCCUCAUCUAAAGAGCUGAAUGUUAUGCUAUUUUUAUUAUACUUUGUCCAGUAUGCGACAACCUUAGUAACUGCCUAGCAACGUGCUACAGACCUACUCAGAACACCAAAGCAACUUCAUAGAAACGUGCUACAAAACCACUCAAACCCAUUCAGAACACCUUAGCAACCGCAUAGCAACAUGGUAUAAACCCAUUUAUAAAACAUAAGCAACUCCGUAGCAGCAUGCUACAACAUUACUUGGAAACUCUUAGCACGUUGCUAUGUGGUUGCUACGAAACCACUUGCAACACCAUAGCAACCCCACAGCAACAUGCUUGCAACUGCAGCAAUGUGCUACAAAACUACUUGAACAUCAUACAGAACAACUUUGCAACUGCAUAGCAACGUGCUGCAAACCUACUCAGAACACCUUAGCAACUGCAUAGCAACGUGCUACAAAGCUGCUUGGAACAUCUUAGCAACCACAUAACAGCAUGCUCUAAAACCAUUCAAACCCCAUACACCUUAAAGGGUCAGUUUAACCAAAAAUGAAAAAUCUGUCAUCAUUUAUGCACCCUGGAGUUUUUCCAAAUCUGUAUACAUUUAUUUGUUCUGAUGAAAACAGGGAAGGUAUUUGGAAGAAUGCUUGUAACCUGAAAGCUUGAAAGCUUGUAAAGUAUAGUAGGAAAAAUGACAAUGGCAGUCAAAAGUGCCCCAGAACUGUUUGCUUUCCUACAUUCUUCAAAAUAAGUUAUUUUGUGUUCAACAGAAAAAAUAGUUUAAAGAAAUUUAAACAGAUUUGCAACAACCUAGGAGGGAUUGAAUAAAUACAGAAUUUUCAUUUUUGUGUGAACUGUUCCUUUUAGAACCGCUUAGGAAAGUGCUACAAAACCAGUCAAAACAUCUUCGCAACCACUGAGCUUUAUGCUCGCAACACCUUAGCAACAUGCUACAAACACUUGACAAAUGCAUAACAACUUGCUUACACUGUGUCUACACCGGACGUGGAAUGACGCAACACAAUAAAAGACAAUAGAACGCAUUAGAACUCAUUACGAUUAAAAAUUUUGUACUGUACAUGUAUGUUCUAUGUAGGUAAAUAAAAAAUAAAUAAAUAAACAUUUUGUCCACACUGGGUGCGGUGUGACACGACAAAUCCAUGAAGAACAAACCGUUGUAAACUAAACUAACAUGAAUGUAAACAGAUGGCCUAUUUACUUUAUACACUGGAAACCAUGAGGUGGGAGAGAUAGGGUCAACAUGGCCAUCACAAGCGAACAGAUUUGGAAAUUCUGUCCUGGGAUUAGUGAUUAAACAAUAAAAUGUGUCAGUUAGGAUAGUUUUGCUUGAUGUUAAUGUUAGGACAGUUGUAUCUGAGACGUGUUUCACUGAAUAUACACUGGUAAUGUGUUGUUUAAUGUUAAGAGUUUUUUCACAGACAUAAACCAAAGAGUGAUUUUUGUUUGGCGGGCAUGUUAUACAGUCGUUCCAAAAAGUAUUUUGUAUUUUUUAAGUUAUGAAUUGCAUUGUCUAAUUUCAAAUAACAAAAUAUCACUCCUUUCAGUGUAUCAGAAUAUUGAUGACUAGAUAGUCACAUAUUGUCAUUUUAAUAAUAAAAUGUAUA